AUGGAUGAAAAUGGAUGUACCUUUUCAAUUUGCCCAUGCUUCUCAAAUUGCUUUUACCUGACUUGCCAUAGCAGAAAGAAAGAAUGCUGCUUAUGUUGGCGCUUCCUAUUUACCAGCGAGCAGAACUGCACCUGUUUCCCAUGUCCAUAUGAAGAAGACAAACCUUAUCAGUGCUGCCACUGCUCAUGUGCAGAGCACGCAAAUUGCUGGUGGUGCUGCUGCUCUUGUUCAAAUAACCCAGACUGCAAAUGCUGCUGCUACGGUGGAGAGAAUUCAGCAUGUCAGUACUAUGCAAGCAAAUGCUGCAGAAACCCCAUCUACGAACAGUCAAGAUCAUCAGCAACUGUUCAGUCAAAAGAUGUCAUGUCAAGAUUUAGAACUAGGAAUAACGCAUUUGUCCAUAUACCAGAAAGGAAUGCCUCUAACCAUGCCUUCCGUGACCAGCUUGCCUGUCCGCUGUGUAAGCAGUUGUUUCUCCAGCCAUUUAUGCUGCCAUGCAAUCACUGCAUUUGUGAGAAGUGUAUAACUAAAAGCAAGACCAAAGCUGAAGCAACAGACAACUUUUAUAUCAUUGUAUGCCCAGUAUGUAGUAAAGCACAUUGUCUCCCCUACACUAAUAAAAUUCAGCUGAGGAAGAAUUACCUCAGAGCAAAACUAGCCAAGAAAUAUAUGCGCAGACAUGGCAUUCUGAGGUGGAGAUUUGACUACAGUGAAAGACCAGUCCACUGUGAAAUCUGCAGGAAGAGAAGAAGAAUGGCAACCAAAAGAUGCAAAACAUGCGGAAUUAACAUGUGCAAUGAAUGUCUGCAUUUAUACCAUAGUGAAAAUGGUGCUCAAGACCACAUUUUCACCAAAGCACACCAAGAAGAUAAUGAACAGUGGCCCUGCCUGCUACAUUGCAACUCACACCUCUCCGAAUACUGUCUGGACGACCACAAACUGAUCUGUGGGUUCUGCAAGAACUCACUGCACAACGAUCACGAGACUAUUCCCUUGGCAGUUGCAUGUUCAAAAGAGGCCGCUUCCCUCUCCAGCACAAUUGUAAAAUUUAAACGAGCACGCCAAGGGGUUGAUAAUGAUCUAAUGGAAGUUAUCUUGUUAAAAAAUAAUUUCCAGACCUACAAGGAUGCCAAAAGGAAGGAGAUCAGAAAUGGAUUCUUAAAAUUACGUAUGGUUCUUCAUGAACAAGAAAAAGAGAUGAUGGAGUUGCUUGAGAACAUUGAACUUAAAAAACAGAAAGAAAUUUCAGAAUAUGUAAACUAUACAUCCAGUCAGCUCUCAUAUAUGGAUGGCCUUAUUCAGUAUGCUGAAGAGGCUCUUAAGGAGGAAAGUCAAAUUGUGUUUCUACAAUCUGCACACUGCUUGGUGAAAGAAAUAGAAGAUGCAAUUCCUUCCAUUUUCCAUCCUAGUCCACUUCUCAGAGAAGAUCCUUUAAGAAAACUUCAACUCAACUUUGAUGAACUUUUUGCCAUUUUACAGGGACUUGUCCCAUCCCUUAGUGGAAUAAAACAAUCAGACAGUAAGGCAGAAAAGAAUCCCUAUUUUUUUAACCCAGAAAUAAUGCUUCCAAGGCAUGUUUCAAGCACUCACGAAGACAAACAAGCAACAUUGCUCCGAAGCACAUCUUUAAAUUCUGUGUUUGAAUCAGGCACGAUGAUUAAGAACACUCCUGGAAGACGACCAAGCUCUAUGCCUCCCCAUCAUUCUACACAGAGUAAUAACAUGUGUGCAUUUUGGGAUGCAGCUUGUGAAACUCCAAUAAAAGAAAGAAAAUAUCAGUUUGUUAACCUUCCAAGUCCAGAACCUAUAGAAAAAUUAUCAGUCUCAGUGCCAGGACACGUUGUUAUAUACCAGACUGUUGUCUACCCAAGGUCUGCCAAAAUUUACUGGACUUGUCCAAUAGAAGAUGUAGAUUUCUUUGAGGUAGAGUUUUAUGAAGUUGUUGGCAUUGGUUCUGAUAACAUUGUCCAGACACAACUAGAUGGCCUGUUAAGCAAAAUACAACAGCAGAACCUUGAGAUACGUAAUCUUGAUCCAAAUACAGAAUACCUUUUUAAAGUCCGUGCUGUCAAUAAAAGUGGUGAAGGAGAAUGGAGUGAAAUCUGUAAGAUAACCACUUCAGAUGAACACAGAAUAAUUCAAGACAGAUGGGGGAUUCAGAAGAGUAUGCAGGGUGCUCUGCAUACACCGAAAUGA